CUAGUACUCACUAGUACUCACCAGUACUCACUAGUACUCACCAGGGAUCACUCGUGCUCACCAGUACUCACUAGGGAUCACUCGUGCUCAUCAGUACUCACCAGUACUCACUAGUACUCACCAGGGAUCACUCGUGCUCACCAGUACUCACCAGGGAUCACUCGUGCUCACCAGUACUCACUAGUACUCACCAGUACUCACCAGGGAUCACUCGUGCUCACCAGUACUCACCAGUACUCACCAGGGAUCACUAGUACUCACCAGGGAUCACUCGUGCUCACCAGUACUCACUAGUACUCACUAGUACUCACCAGGGAUCACUCGUACUCACCAGUACUCACCAGUACUCACCAGGGAUCACUCGUGCUCACCAGUACUCACUAGUACUCACCAGGGAUCACUCGUGCUCACCAGUACUCACCAGGGAUCACUCGUGCUCACCAGUACUCACUAGUACUCACUAGUACUCACCAGGGAUCACUCGUGCUCACCAGUACUCACUAGUACUUACCAGUACUCACCAGGGAUCACUCGUGCUCACCAGUACUCACUAGUACUCACUAGUACUCACCAGGGAUCACUCGUGCUCACCAGUACUCACUAGUACUCACCAGGGAUCACUCGUGCUCACCAGUACUCACUAGUACUCACCAGGGAUCACUCGUGCUCACCAGUACUCACCAGUACUCACUAGUACUCACCAGGGAUCACUCGUGCUCACCAGUACUCACUAGUACUCACCAGGGAUCACUCGUGCUCACCAGUACUCACUAGUACUCACUAGUACUCACCAGGGAUCACUCGUGCUCACCAGUACUCACUAGUACUCACUAGUACUCACCAGGGAUCACUCGUGCUCACCAGUACUCACUAGUACUCACCAGGGAUCACUCUUGCUCACCAGUACUCACUAGUACUUACAAGUACUCACCAGGGAUCACUCGUGCUCACUAGUACUCACCAGGGAUCACUCUUGCUCACCAGUACUCACCAGUACUCACUAGUACUCACAGGGAUCACUCGUGCUCACCAGUACUCACUAGUACUUACCAGGGAUCACUCGUGCUCACCAGUACUCACCAGUACUCACCAGGGAUCACUCGUGCUCACCAGUACUCACUAGUACUUACCAGUACUCACUAGUACUCACCAGGGAUCACUAAUACUCACCAGAACUCACUAGUACUCACCAGGGAUCACUCGUGCUCACCAGUACUCACCAGGGAUCACUCGUGCUCACCAGUACUCACCAGGGAUCACGAGCACUCACUAGUACUCACCAGAGAUCACUAGUAUUCACCAGGCAUAACUAGCACUCACUAGUACUCACCAGGGUUCAUUAGUACUCACUACUACUCACCAGAGAUCACUCGUACUCACCAGGGAUCACUAAAACUCACCAGGGAUCACGAGCACUCACUAGUACUCACCAGAGAUCACUAGAACUCACGAGCACUCACCAGGGACCACAGGACACAGUGCUAACUCGUAACCUCAUCAUUGAUCGCAGGACCAAGCACAGUACUCACUGGUGCCCACAGGCCUCUGGGAUUCGUGAGUCGUCGGGCUCACGGGACUCGGAGCUCACGGCACUCUGCUGCAUUCCACGCAGCAGACAAGACAGACGGCUGCUGCACAGUAACUCUGUACAAAGCACCCGACACUUAGUGCACAGACAGUAACGCUUACUCGAUACGCGGCACUUGUCUGCACAACAAGCACUCGAGUACACCGAGUGCAGAGAGCACUCGAAAGUCGGGGCAGUGCCACCACCACCACCAACCUCCUCGUCGUCGUCGUCGUCCUCCUCCUCAAUCUCGCCGGCGUGACCUCCCGAAGACGCCACAGGGAGCAGCCACCCCAGGGCCCUAUCGGAGCGCCGUGGUCGUGGCGGUGAGGAGUGACGCGUCGCUCAUGCUCGUGUGAGGUGCACGGAGGGCCCUGUGGCGGAGUGCUUAGAGCAGGCCGAGAGAGCCACGGCAGGAGGACUACGAUUCCAUGGCGGAGGUGGCGGUGGUGAAGGAGGGCUGGCUCUACAAGCGCGGCGAGUACAUAAAGACAUGGCGGCCGCGGUACUUCCUGCUCAAGACGGAUGGAUCCUUCAUCGGCUACAAGGAGAAGCCCCAGGACACCGACCAGCAGGACCCCCUCAACAACUUCUCCGUUGCAAAAUGCCAGCUCAUGCGGACAGAGCGGCCGAGAGCCAACACAUUCAUGAUCCGCUGCCUGCAGUGGACCACCGUGAUAGAGCGGACCUUCCACGUGGACACGCCGCACGAGAGGGAGGAAUGGCUUCGCGCGAUCCAGACGGUGGCCGACCGCCUGCAACAGCAAGAAGAUGAGACGAUGGACUGCAAGCCCAGCUCCCCUGAGGACGGCUCCAGCACGGAGCAGAUGGACACCAUUUUGAGCAAACCAAAAUCCAAAGUGACCAUGAACAACUUUGAUUAUUUAAAACUGCUGGGGAAGGGCACCUUCGGGAAGGUGAUUCUUGUACGCGAGAAGGCGACCGGCCAGUACUACGCCAUGAAAAUCUUGAAGAAAGAAGUCAUCGUUGCAAAGGAUGAGGUUGCACAUACACUGACAGAGAACAGAGUGUUACAAACUACAAAGCAUCCGUUUUUAACGCUGCUGAAGUACUCCUUUCAAACCCACGAUCGGCUGUGCUUUGUCAUGGAAUAUGUCAAUGGCGGAGAGCUGUUUUUCCACUUAUCCCGGGAACGCGUUUUCUCUGAAGAUCGGACACGAUUUUAUGGAGCUGAGAUAGUCUCUGCGUUGGAUUACCUUCACACUGAGAAAAAUGUCGUGUACAGGGACCUAAAGCUUGAAAAUCUCAUGUUGGACAAAGAUGGGCAUAUAAAAAUCGCAGACUUUGGGCUGUGCAAGGAGGGCAUCACGGAUGGUGCAACCAUGAAGACCUUCUGUGGCACGCCCGAGUACUUGGCUCCCGAGGUGCUGGAGGACAACGAUUAUGGGCGGGCGGUGGACUGGUGGGGCCUAGGUGUGGUCAUGUAUGAGAUGAUGUGUGGGCGCCUGCCCUUCUACAACCAGGAUCAUGAGAAGCUGUUUGAGCUCAUCCUCAUGGAGGACAUUCGCUUCCCGCGCACUCUCUCCAAUGACGCCAGGGCACUGUUGUCCGGCCUGCUCAAGAAAGACCCCAAGCAGAGACUGGGUGGCGGCGUAGACGAUGCCAAGGAGAUCAUGAGGCACAGUUUCUUUGCUGGAAUAAUAUGGCAAGAUGUUUACGACAGAAAGAUGACGCCUCCCUUUAAGCCACAAGUAGCCUCAGAAACCGAUACGCGUUACUUUGACGAAGAGUUCACGGCACAGACAAUCACGAUCACGCCGCCGGACAGAUUUGACAGCAUGGAGUCCCUCGACAACGAACGGAGACCACACUUCCCGCAGUUCUCCUACUGCGCCAGCGGCAAGGAGUAGUUCCACACUGACAACGCCACAGACCUCACGCCUGACCCAUCGCAAACGAACCCAUCCGCACCACCGGCCAGACCAAGGGGACAACCUUCCCUUCUGAAAUGAGCUCGCGACAACCCUGCCUCUGGUGCCAGUCGAUCACAGGCUCGAUACCUCCUCCUCCCCUGCCUCGAGAGAGCUCAAGGCAGGCAGUGCACGGCAAUGCUCAGGUGUGCUGUAUGCUAGAAGGUGUACUGGAUCACCUGAAGUUGCUGAUCACGAAGACGAACUCUGUGGGUGGCUUUCCACUUAACUGACGCAGCAUCAAGGCCUGAAGUUAUACAAAUGGGCAACUGUAAUAAUUAUUCGUAGAGGCGUUAGGUACUGAGGCAAACACAGCUUUGUUUUGUACAAUUGUUUGCCGAAUAUAAUUACAAAUUGCCGUUGUCAAGUGUAGCAGUGUGAAUAUGGAAAAUGAGGUCUGACGUGUGAACAGUGAUAAACUGUUUCCCAGAAGAUAAGGUAAGCGAAAUUCUAAAAGCAAUUGGGGAGUAAGCUGGUCACGGCAAGCCCCACAAACCAGGAGGAUGGGGGUCAGCCAUUGGGGAGUUUUUUAGACGUGAAAUCUGUUUUGCUUUUCCCCAACAUCUUUCAGCCUAACACACGGCUGCAGGUACAACAUGACUUCUAUCUACGGAAGAACCAUUACUUGGAUGAGCCCUGUUCACUGAAGAAUUAUGUUGUCAAGUUUGCAAGCACACCAAAGUAAAGACAAAAAUACAGAAUUGAAUGGACAAUAAAUCUCAGUAUGGAUCAAUUUUUAAUUGUAUUUUAAAUCACAUCGAGAUUUUUUCCUCCUUUUUCCAAAGUGCCCAGGUCUAGUGAACCUGUUGUUUUUUUAACCUCUCUUUUCUGUAAAGGUUUGCUGCUACAAUAAAAAAAACCCACUGCUUGUAAUCUUUCUUGUACAAAAAAAAGACUUGCAUGUACAUAUCAUCCGUUUUAGUGAAAAUGUAGAAAAAGGGACAUUCAUUUUAUUUUAUGAAACCUGCUUUUGUUUAUGAAUUUCAAGUUCUACAAUGCAGUCGGCUGCAUUUCUAAACACUUCCACGCUGUGGUAAUAUUUAGGUAUUUGACAAAUCAUGUUGGAAGAUUCUGCCGUAUGAACGGCACACGAGCGCGACAUGGAAUAUUUAACAAUUCUGAUAUUAAAGGUGAUUUUUUUUUACUAAUUGGUACCCUGUGCACGAAUUGAUGUAAGAAAGCCAGCAAAAGUGAAUGUUUAAAAAGUGAAAGUGACUUAGUCAUUUUCAUUGCCUUAGUUUUGCUGCGACUAGUAAACUAUAAUUCUGCUAAAAUACUAAUACCGUAGUUCCUACAUUUGUGAAUAUACUGUAGAAUAGUAAAGCAAGCCAUUUUUUCUCAAUUCACUUGCAUAGCCCUAGUAGCCAGAUCAAUGAAUGACAAGGUCAGGUCAUGAAAGCAAUAAAAACUACUGUAACAAAUGCACGUGGUUUAUUUGAGGUUAUUUUAUAUUUUCUACAUUGUACUGUAGAAAUCGGAAAGAUCAUUGUCAAUUAGUGCCUCUAAUGAAAUAAUGCUGCAGCACUUUCAUCUGUCUUUUUAUUCCUUAAAAAAACGAAUUGUGCAAAGCAGGCCAGGAUGGAGGAGGCCUUUUCCACACAUUGGAUAUUUUCCACCCAUUCCAUGGACAGUCAUCAGCUGCAGCUGGGAUGUUUUCAUUGACGGAGCUUUCUUUCACAGGACUUAAGCAGAUUUAUGUUCUGUAUGGUAUAGCUUCACCUGGUGUACUAAUCACAGUUUGUCUGGGGUAAGUGUACUGGGACCCCCUCCUUCUCCCCCUUACCAGAGGCACUGGCCUAUCAGUGAAGCUUUGUAUGCUGUAAAACUGUAGUUGAAGUUUCAUUGCACAAAUGAUUUGUUUUUUUUUUCAGACGCUUAAAUAAAAAAAAAUAUUACGUACCUCA